GUGUUAAGCACACCCCAUGGGAGCAUAAAGUCGGUGCUGCAUCCCGGUCAGAUGCUCCAGGUUCUUCUCUCAGCCUCCUCACUCGCUAUCAAGGUCACCCAAAGCAAAAUAGUUAACCUCUUUGUUGUUCAGUUUCCUCAUCUUCAGGAAGAGGUCGGGAUACCGGCGCCUGAGGAGACCCGCCGCAUCGCCCGGACGCAGCCGCCGCCGCGGGAGGCUGUUCCGCUGCGCCGAGACCCUGAGCUGGCAGGGACCCUGCGCCGCAGCCGCCGCCGCCUGUGCUCCCCGCGCCGCGCCGCGCCGCCCUCGCUGCGCCCGGGCUCCGCUGCCCGGCGACCGCCACUGUCAAGCGGAGCCCCGCCCCCUGCGCGCCCGGAGAGCCGCGGCCCUCGGGACGCGCGGCCGCCCGGAUUGGCUGCCAGGCCGCUGGCUCCGCCCCCCUCCCUAUGGCCGCGCCCCUCCCCGCGUCCGUGGCGCGCGCGGCUGCCGGCUCUCUCCCAGGGCCGCCGCGGAGGGUGCGGUCCCGAGCUGGGCGAGGCUUCCUGCGGGCGCCGCGCGCGAGAGACUCCGCUCCUGGGCUCUGCAGUUUCUCCUUGGCCCGCCCAGGAAUAGACACCCACAAAGGGCAGAAAAAGAGAAAACGUUUUCUCUAGGGCCCUUCUCGGGGAAGGCAGCGGCUGCAGCAGUUCUGGUGUGAAAUCUUAAUUACAGGAAGACAUGUAUUAGGAAGCCUAUUGGAAUUAUAGCCAGAGGGGUUUUGCUUUUUUUUUUUUUAACCUCUUGCACAGUCCAAA